UAGCCAAUCCCGUUGUACCUAUAGAAAACGUUGAAACAAAAUGGCGCAGUCCUUAAUUCGAGCUAUCAGACGAGCUGUCCCACAGGACACUCGCUGGUUCCUGUCUGUGGCUUUACCAUGGUGUCAUAGUGGAUGUCACAGCCAUCACAUAGCUUGUACCAACCUGAGAUAUGUGCCGCGGCGCGCCGUGCUCUACUGUCCCGGCAAUGAUGAGAGGAAGCUGAGGAAACUGGCAUCGCUGCGUGGCCUAGACUGUGCCGUAUUGGACUGUGAGGAUGGAGUGGCCCUCAGCAAGAAGACAGAGGCAAGGGAGACCAUCCCCAGGAUGCUGGCAGAGCUGGACCUGGGCAGGACAGAGAAGUGUGUGAGGGUCAACUCAGUGUCCAGCGGCCUGGCGAAUGCUGACCUACAGGUCAUCCUGCAGGCCGAGGUUCUGCCUCCAGCCCUGAUGCUGCCCAAGGUGGAGGACGCAGCGGAGGUCCAAUGGUUUGUUGACAGGUUUCAGCACCACUUGAAUGGACGAGCGCUGACGGAACCCAUUCGCCUGGUCACCUUUGUGGAAACCGCUGUGGGCCUGCUCAAUUUUAAGGUUGUGUGUGAGGAAGUACGUCGUCUGGCUCCUGCAGUUGGCCUACACCAUGACGGUGUAGUGUUUGGAUCCGAUGACUUCUGUGCCAGCAUAGGUGCCACGCGGACCAAGGAUGCCAGGGAGCUGCUGUAUGCCCGUCAGAAGGUUGUAGUGACAACCAAGGCCUUCGGUCUACAAGCCAUAGACUUGGUCUACAUAGACUAUAAGGACGGAGAGGGUCUACGACAGCAGGCAAGGGAGGGAGUUCUCAUGGGCUUCACAGGUAAGCAGGUGAUCCAUCCCAACCAGGUCCAGGCGGUACAGGAGGAGUUCUCACCCAGUCAGGAGAGGGUCCAGUGGGCUACAGAACUGAUUGCUGCCUUUGACGAGUACCAGAAGCUAGGAAAGGGUGCCUUCAACUUCCGGGGCAGUAUGAUCGACAUGCCCUCAGUGAAGCAGGCUCAGAACAUCGUAACGCUAGCUGCUGCCGUCACGGGGAAGUGAGGCGCUCUGGAAGAAGAUAUGGGGGGGAGGAAAGAAUAGAGGAGUGAAAUGAGGGGACGGAAAAACUAGACAAGUUUGAGAGACAGUGAGAAGUGUCACUUUUAUGUAUACCCUGGCAUUAGCGAGAGGUGAAUGUAUACCACCGGACACCCCAAAUACUUCGACCAGACAGGUUUAUCAGCUGGUAUCAAGCACCAACAUUUCAGAAACUUUCUACUAGGCCUGGUGUAUAGUCACUUAAAUUCUAGAUGUUUUUUUGUUUUGUUUUUAUUAAAUUGAUUAUUGUUGAUAAAUGAAAUGCAUUUGAUUAAUUUGUUCACUGAUAAAGCACUAAAUGUUUGA